AUGGCCUCACCAGAGCGACCACCCCCUUCAAUUGCAUCUGCCACCACAAUGCGGCCUCCAACGACGGCUCUUCUUAUCUAUCCAGUGACAUUACUUGUGGGAUCGCUCUUUUCCGUCCUUUCUCCCACGGCCCAAGGCUCCAGGCAAAGCGCUCACAGGCGUCCCGCUCCACUGGCCCCCUCCAUCGCCUCCGACGUGAACCUUUCCCCCCCCAACCCGGUCAACUACUUCGCUCGCAAGGACAACAUCUUCAAUCUCUACUUCGUCAAGGUCGGCUGGCUCUGGACCACGCUCGCCUUUGUCUCCCUGCUCGUCUCCCAACCCGCCUACACCGCCCCUUCCGCGCACCAACCGCGCCGACUCGCCCAGGCCGCCCUCCGAUACACCCUGGCCACGCUGGUCUGGUACCUCACGACACAAUGGUUCUUUGGCCCCCCGAUAAUCGAUCGCAGUUUUGUGAUCACGGGCGGGAAAUGCGAGCGCGUUAUGGCAGAGACGUCGGGCAGUCCGGCGGCGGCUGUUGCGCAGGAGGAGUCUGUUUCUGCGGGAGUGGAGAAGCUGUUUACGGCGGCGGCUUGUAAGGCGGCUGGGGGGGCGUGGAUGGGGGGCCAUGAUGCUGUUGGAGCGAUGAAGGCUGUUUCUGCCGGGGUGGAGGGGGGUAAGAAGAUGGAUGGGGAGGUUUCUGAUCAGAGUGAAGGUGGGAAAGUGCAGGGUCAGAGUGAGGAGGAGGGGGAUUGGAUGCGGACUUGGUCUUUACGUUUGGUUGGGGCUGUCGUGGGUUUGGGAUGGUGGAUGCUGUUCAUGACUUCGAUUUGGUUCCACACGUGGUUGGAAAAGUGGUCUGGGCUGCUGAUUGCUCUUGGGACGGUCUACGUUAUUUAUAUCUUGCCGUUGAGUGUGCCGUCCUGGAGGGAUAUCGUAGGGAUCCCUGGGAUAUAG